CACGUCAUUAGUGGUUUAACUGAAACCUACAAAAGCGUUUACUGAGCAGGCAGUUGCCAGACAGUUCCUCAGAGUGUCUGGUGACAAGGAGGCAAACAACAAACAUUUCAAAUUUUGCCGCCUGAUAGAAAUCUUCACAAUAGCAAAAAACAACAAUGACAUUUACAGAUACUGCAGUGACUCAAAUCUAUGAGAUGGACUAUGACACCAACCUGACCCCUACGGCUAGCGAGGAUUACCUGGACGAUUACAUGUGCGACAAAUCAGUCGUCAGGGAUUUCCGAAGCAACUAUGAGCCGCCUUUCUAUUGGACAAUCGUGGUUCUGGGUGGCCUGGGCAACCUGACCGUGGUGUGGAUUUACCUUCACUUCCGCCAGCGCCUCAAGACCAUGACCGACAUCUACCUGCUAAACCUGGCCAUGGCCGACCUUUUCUUCCUGGGCACCCUGCCCUUCUGGGCUGUGGAGGCCAACCACGGCUGGAAGUUCGGCGUGGAGGUGUGCAAGGUCACCUCGGCCCUCUACAAAAUCAACUUCUUCAGCAGUAUGCUGCUGCUCACCUGCAUCAGUGUCGACCGCUACGUGGCCAUCGUCCAGACCACCGUGGCCCAGAACUUCAAGACGCAGCGGCUGAGCUGCAGCAAGGUGGUGUGUGCGUGCGUCUGGGCCCUGUCCGUGGCCCUGGCCGUGCCUGAGUUCAUGUUUGCUAACGUGAAGAACCUGGAAGGCCAGAGCAUCUGCACGAAGGUCUACUGGAUGAACGAGGACAACAGCACCAAGAUCUUGGUCAUCGUGCUUCAGAUCUGCGUGGGCUUCUGCCUGCCCAUGCUGGUCAUGGUGUUCUGCUACACCUGCAUCAUCCGCACCCUGCUCAAGACCCGCAGCUUCCAGAAGCACAAGGCGCUUCGUGUCAUCCUCGUGGUGGUGGCUGUGUUUGUCCUCUCCCAGCUACCGCACAACAGCGUGCUGGUGAUGGAGGCCACCCUGGCGGCCAACAGCAAAGGGGUGGACUGCAACGCGGAGAAGCGCUUCAACAUGGUCGGCCAGUUGCUGAAGGGCCUGGCUUACAUGCACGCCUGCCUGAACCCCUUCCUCUACGUGUUUGUGGGCGUGCGCUUCCGCAGGGACGUCAUCAAGCUCCUCCACCUCUACUGCUGCUGGCCCGGCCAGGGGAAACUCGGCAAGUUGCCUGGAGGCCCUGGGCGCUCCUCGGUCAUGUCCGACACAGACACCACGCAGGCGCUCUCGCUUUGAAUGCGCGGUCACAGGAACACCUUUGCACCCUCUCCGCCAGUGCCUCAGAAUGAAAGGCGUGCAGCACUAACCUUUUUUGCGAACAACACUCACAUUGUAUUCCAUGAAGAAAUGUCUUGCGACAAAAGAACAAAGCAAGCCAGUGUGGCGAACAGCUCUGCUGAUAGAGGUGGUGCGUCGUGCAACAAAACGGCCACUCUUGCAUUACCAAGACCGAAACAGGAUGGAAGAAGUUCCUUCCUGAGAGACGUUGACAAAGUCGUCUUUGUUCAUGGGUGCAUUGCUAGGGAUUUGUUGGUCGUGAUGGGACUCUUGUUUGGCUAGUCCAAAUACUUUCAGCUGGUGACCGACCAUAAGGGAUGGGUGUGUUUGACGAUUACAACCGUCAGAAAUAUGGUAACUAUUACAAACCUGAUACUUGUCUGCCAAUUGAGCCAUGUCAUUUUGUGCCUUUGUUGCUUUGUUCAGCAAAGCACUGAGAUGGGACAAAACCCUUUUAUAUGCAAAUAUAUACUGUGACAGCAAUGCCGUUAUUAAAAUAUUUGAAUUCAUUUUAUACUUCUCCAAGUUUGUUAUCAGUUUGUAAACCACAUUAAAGUGUGUAUCUACUGUGUUUAUGCCGGAAAAGGUGUAUAGUGCUGCAUAGCCUUUGAAUGAACCAUCUCCUAUGCUCUAAAGUGAAUUGUCAGUGGUGACAAUCUUUGCUGCUAAUCUCCUCAUUGCCGCAAGCAGAGUAAGCCUACAUUAUUUCUAUGUUUAUUUCAUGUUAUGUAGGGGAUGACAUCCAUAGAUGUCAUCCCCAAUUCAUGUUCAUGUCAUCAUCACCGAUCAACUGCAUUAAAGCUUUUUGACUGUGGCAGUGACAGGAGACAUAUUUCUGUCCCCAAGACUGAAGUUCCACUGACCCCUUGCCUUUAUCUUGUUCGUUAUUGCCAUUUUUAGGUAUCACCGUGAGUUUGAAAAGGUGUCGUGAAUAAAAAGUUGUAUUCUAUAAGACAGAGAUUUCCUUGUUCAGAAUUAUGAAAAUGACAUCAUAACGAUUGUAAAUAAACCUGAGUCUCUUCAA